AUGGCUGAAGACAGGGCUUUCCCUACAAAACAGGAACUGGGCCUGGAAGACUGUAGCAUAUUUCUAGAAUAUUCCUUAGAGCUGAUCGAAGUCUGGGGCAUCAGGCAGCCCAUGCAGAGGGCUUGUGCUGCCGUCAGGAAGACAGUGGGACCUCCUAAUGAGGACCCGGACAUCAACUGCCAAGUGUGUCAGACUCCUGGAGGGAGGAUCAUCAGUUUCCACAGUACUUCCCAGCCCCCAUGCCUCCACCACCUCCAGACACGGGGAAAUGCCCAGUCGCCAUUCACCCUCAAAGAGCUACAGGCUCAUAAGCUGGUUGUCCCAUCAACCCUCCACCUCCUUAGCCACAGCGUCCCUGACGAGAAGACCCAGGCCCAAAGCUCAGCCCUUCUGAGUUCAAGUUUGGCCAUGGACUCUGAGUAUGAGAUAGGCCAUGUCCGAAAGCUCCAGGCUCAGCAUACACACAUGCAGGAGAAGACCUUCACCAACUGGAUCAAUAACAUCUUCCGACUAGGACGGGUGGGCAUCAGGAUCCAGAACCUGUACACAGAGCUUGCUGACGGUGCCCACCUACUGCGGCUGUUGGAGCUUAUCUCUGGGGAAGCCCUACCAGUGCCCAGUCCGGGCCGCCUGCGAGUGCACUUCCUGGAGAACAACAGCCACGCCCUGGCCUUCCUCAGGGCCAAGGUGCCCAUUCCCUUCAUCGGGCCAGAGAACAUUGUGGAUGGAGACCAGUCACUCAUCCUGGGACUCCUCUGGGUCAUCAUUCUGCGUUUCCAGAUUUCCCACAUCUCCUUGGACAGGGAGGAGUUCGGGGCCAGUGCGGCUUUGCUGUCUGCCAAGGAAGCCCUGCUUGUCUGGUGUCAGUGGAAGACAGCCGGCUACACCAAUGUGGACAUCACUGACUUCUCCCGAAGCUGGAGUGACGGGCUCGGCUUUAAUGCCCUGCUCCACGCUCACAGGCCGGACCUGCUGGAUUAUGGCUCGCUGAGUCCAGACCGCCCUCUGUAUAACCUCUCCUUUGCCUUCCGAGUGGCUGAGCAGCAGCUCGGCAUUGCCCAACUGCUGGACCCUGAGGAUGUGGCAGCCCUGCAUCCAGAUGAGUGCUCCAUCAUGACCUACCUGUCUCAGUACUACCACUACUUCUCCCGCCUGCAGCGGGGGCACACGGCCCAGAGGAGACUGGCUAAGAUCCUGCUGCAGCUGCAGGAGAUGGAGGUACUGCAGGCACAAUACAAGCAGCUGGUGGCUGACCUGCUCUGCUGGAUUGAGGAGAAGAAGAUGCAGCUAGAGGCUCGGGACUUCCCAGACUCACUGCCUGCCAUGCGCCAGCUACUGGCAGCCUUUGCCUCCUUCCGUGCCCAGGAAAAGCCACCUCGGUGGCAGCAGCGAGGAGCCACAGAGGCCCUGCUCUUCCAGCUGCAGACAACACUCCGAGCCCAAAACCGAAGGCCAUUUCUACCUCGAGAGGGCCUGGGCCCUGCAGAGCUGGCCCAGCGCUGGGCAGAACUGGAGAGGGCAGAGGCCUGCAGGAGCCAGGCCAUGCAGCAAAGGCUGCUACAGCUGGAGCGACUGGACACUCUGGCCCACCGCUUUCAGUGCAAGGCAUCCCACCGGGAAAGCUUUUUAAAUGAUGCAGAGCAGAUGUUAGACCAGGCCAGAGGUUCCCUCACCGACCCAGCCACAGUGGAGGCAGCCACUCAGAGGCUGAGCAUGCUGGAGGCUGCCAUCCUGCCCCAGGAAGGGCGCUUCCAGGCCUUGGGUGAGAUGGCAGACAUCCUCCGGCAGGAAGAGUAUCACAGCUGGGCAGAUAUGGCCUGCAGGCAGAAGGAGAUCACGGGGCGCUGGCGGAGGCUCCUGCGGUGUCUACAGGAGGAGAGGGAGCGCAUGGCAGGCUCACAGGCUGUGCUGAGUCUGCUGCAGGGGGUGGAGGCUGUCACUCACCAGCUUGGGGAGCUGCAGGUGUUGGCCAGCUCCACAGUCUGUGGGCAACAGCUGGCAGAAAUAGUGUCGCUGCUGCAGAGCCAUGACCUGCUGGAGGCCCAGGUGUCAGCCCACAGGACCCAUGUGACUCAUCUUGUCCACCAGACCGCACAGCUAGACUCCCAGGGUACCAGUGUGAAGGUGCUGCAGGCUAAAGCCCUAGCACUGGCCGAGCUCCACCACAGCCUGGUGUCUCUUGUCAGAACCCGACGUACCCUGCUGGAGCAGACCCUCCAGCGAUCACAGUUCCUGCGAAGCUGUGAGGAGGAGGAGGCCUGGUUGCAAGAGCACAGACAGCUAAUGGAGAAGGCAAUCCUGGACCGGGACCUCACUCAGAUCGCUACUGCUCUGCAGAAACACAAGGCUCUGGAAACAGAACUCCAUCGCCACCAGGCUGUGUGUGUAGAUCUCAUGCAGAGAGGACGCAACCUCAGUGUCAGAGAGCCCCUGACACAGCCAGAUCCACUGGAAAGGGCAGAAGCAGUGCAGGGAACCUGGCAGCUGCUCUGGGCUGGAGCCGCAAGGCGGCGCGCCAGGCUGCAAACAGCACAGCUAGUUGGGCAGUACUUUUCUGACUCGGCCGAAGCAGCUUCCUGGCUUUUCCAGCGGCAGAAACAACUAGAGAGCGCAUCCUGCGGGAAGGACCAGGCAGAUGCCGAGGCCCUGUUGCUGCAACACCUGCGCCUGGAGCAAGACGUGCGCGCCUUCGCAGCGGAGCUGAGCGAGCUAGAGGAUCAGGCGCGGGCUGCCGCAGCCCUAGUGUCACACAUGGUGCACACGGGGACAUGGAAAGGACCCAGACUCGUCCCUCCUACACCAAAUGUGCUAUCUGGCCUGGGCUUUCUAGGAGAAGGCCCGAGGACAGCCCUGCAGGCUGAGAAUGACUUUCACUUCGACUCCAGCGCCAUAUUCCAGGCUCAGGCUGACGUGAGCCAGAGCUAUGAGAACGUUAGGGCCCUGGCAAAGCUUCACAGGACCCGACUGGAGGAGUCAGUCGCCCUGUUUAGCUUUUAUAGCUCCUGUAGGGAGCUUCAGUCCUGGCUGGAGAAGCAGACAGCACUGUUCCAAACAUUGCAGCCCCAGGGAGACAACUUAGAGGUCAUACAACUCAAAUAUGAGAAUGUUCUCAUGACCUUGGCCACUGGAAAAGGCCACUGGGCAGAGGCCAUCAGCACUGCUGAACAACUGAAGCAGAGAUGUCCAGGACACAUCUCGAAAAUCCAACAACAACAGGAGGACCUGAAGCAGAGGUGGCAGCAGCUGGAAGCCCUGAAGGAGGAGAAACUCCUGCAGCUGACACGUGGCAUGGAGGUGUGCAGUCUUUUACAGGAGUCUGAACCCAUACAAGCCCAACUGCUAAAUGUGAUAAGCAGGCUGGAGACUCUGGGAACAAGAAGCUCUGGGGACAGCCAUCAUACCCUACAGCAGACCCAGCAGAAGGUCCUGGUUUUGGAGAAGAAGAUCUCCUACCUCCAAAGAGCAACUAUAGAGGUGAUGGAGUCAGGCUCCGCAGAGGGCAGGCUGCUUUGGGAGCAGGUCCUGAUGCUGCAGUCACUGCUAAAGCAAGCGCAAGGGCAGGUGGCCCGGCAGAUCCAGGUCCAGACUGAGGCUUGGGUUCAGCAAGGCAUCCUCCAGGAGAGCCAGAAGCUGCUGCUGUGGGCAGAGGACAUCCGGGCUCAGCUGUGCAGCAAAGAGGAGCGGCAGGGUGAGGCCUCAGCCCAGCGGCCACUGAGGAGGCAUGGAACCCUACAGGAGGAGACCUGCCUGUGGGAAGAGAGGCUGCAGCAGCUGGAGGCUCAGGGUCAGCUGGUGGCAGUCUCAGACUCUCCACAGUCCCAGGAAGUGGCUAGUGCUCUAAGGCUCCUAGGCCAGCACAGCCAGCAGCUGAAGGCUCUGUGGGAGCAGAGACAGCAGAAGCUUUGGGAGGGGCUGGAGCUGCAGAGGUUUGGCCAAGAAGUGGAUGGUUUCAUGGCCACCUGUGCCAGCCAUGAGGCCUUACUGCGGCUGGACAACCUUGGGGAGGACAUAAGGGAGGCCCAGAGCCUGCUGCAGCAGCACCAGGGUUUGGGGUGGCUCCACAGCACCCUGGGAUCACGGGCAGAGGCCCUGCGUGCACGUGGUGAGAAGCUGCUUCUGAGCCAUCCAGCUGCCAUGAGCAAGAUCAGAGAGCUGCUGCACAGUGCCCAGGCCCAGUGGACCAGGGUCCAAGAGAGGAGUGAGCAGAGAAGGGUCCAGCUGCUGGCUUCCCUCCAAUUGCAGGAAUGGAAGCAGGCUGCAGAAGGCCUAAUGCUGUGGAUGGAGGAGAAGUGGCCCAGGGUGGCUGAUGAACGCUCCCAAGCAGGAAGCAACAUUCUGCAGAAACUCAAGUGGCACAAAAUAACUAAGAGUGAGCUAUUAGCCUCCCGGAGGUACAUGGAAGAGCUACAGCAGGCUGGGAAAGAACUGUUGCAUAGAAACCCAUAUGCACAGGAGGACAUACAAGACAGACUUCAAAGCCUUAAUCACAAAUGGGAAGAGUUGAACCACAAGAUGGAAGAUCGAGGGGAUAGGCUGCCUCAGAUCAGACAGCAGGACCAGCUCCUAGAACUAAUACAGGAUGUCCAGGAGGCAAUGGAGCAUCUGGAGGGAGCCCUGCAGAGCACAGAAACUGGGCAGGACCUGUGCUCCAGCCGGAGGCUGCAGAGACAGCAUUGCCAGCUAGAGGACAAGAGCCAGGCACUGGCCAGCAAGAUGGAUGCCCUCAUCUCUCAGACCCACAAUGCAUUCACUUCCUGGACCAUCCUGGAGGAGAGCCAAAAGUGUCAGCAGAGGUUCAAGUCCCUGCAGAGCAAGCUAGCCACCCGACACAAGCAACUGCAGACCUCAGUUGAGCUGUAUGAAUUUAAUCUCCUUAGCAACCUGGAGCUCACAUGGGCAGCUGAGCACAUGCCCAAUGCCACUCCCAACUGCCCUGCCCAGUGCUGGCGUGAUGCCCACAGCUUUCAACGAAAGCACAAGAUGCUCCAGGCUGAGGUGAAAGGUCAUGUAAGGCACAUGCACAGGGUGCUAAGUUCUGGUCAGCGUCUAGCAGCCUCUGGGCACUCUCAAGCUCAGGAUAUCGUGGAUCAGUGCCAGAAGCUAGAAGGCCACUGGGCAGGACUGGAGCAGGCGUGUGAAGAACGUGCACACUGCCUGCAACAGGCUGUCACUGUCCAGCAGUACUUUCUGAACGUGUCAGAGAUGGAGACCUGGGUGGAGGAAAAGCGGCCUCUGGCGAGCAGUCAGGACUAUGGCAGUGAUGAGGAAGCUACCUGUGGGCUCAUUAGGAAACACCAGAUGCUCCAGCAGGAGGUAGCUCUUUAUUGGAGCUCUAUGGAGGAUCUCGAGCAGAGGUUCCAGACCCUUGCUGGAUUUGAGGCCCCUGAGCGGUUGGGUGUGGUACGGGAGAAGUUGCAGGCACUACAGAAGCUGGCAGACAAACGGGGGCAGGAGCUGGAGGGGACCCUGAGACUACAUGAGUUCAUGAGAGAAGCUGAGGACCUGCAGAGCUGGCUGUCCAGCAGGAAGCAGGUGGCCAGAGGAGGGGACACCUUUGGAGAGGACCAUGAGCACGUGCUGCAACUCUGCACUGAGUUUACAAAGUUUCAGUACCAGGUUGAAACUGGUGUCCAGCGAGUGGAAACCUGCCGACUGCUGGCAGAGAGCCUACAAGAGCAUGGACACAGUGCUGCCCCCAAGGCUCACCAGAGGCAGCAGGAUAUACAGACUUCCUGGUCUGAACUGUGGCAGUUGACCCAGGCCCGAAGCCGUCUGCUCAAUGACGCCGAAAUCACUCUUAGAGUCCACAGAGACCUUCUGGAAGUCCUUACCCAGAUUCAGGAGAAAGCCACAAGCCUCCCUAACGAUGUGGCCCAGGACCUGUGUGGGGUAGAGAACCAGCUCCAGAGACAUGAGAGGCUGGAAUGCGAGCUGGCAGGCAUGGAGCAGCAGGUGCAGGAACUGAUGAAGGCUGGAGGCAGAGUACAGGGGCUGUGUCCAGGAGCUCAGGCCCUUGCCGCUGUCCAGCAAAAGCAGCAAGCUGUGACCCAAGCCUGGAAGGCCCUCCAGCUGUGCAUGGAGCAGCGCAAGGCUCAGUUGGAACGAGGAUAUCUCCUGGUCCGGUUCCACACAGCGGUGAGGGACUAUACCUCCUGGGUGGCCAGCGUGCAUCAGGAGCUGCAGAUGGAGGAGGCCUCCUGGGAACCCCAAAGCCUUUUGCUCAGGCUCAGAGCCCAUCAAUGGCUGUGGGCAGAACUAAAAGCCAAGGAGGAGCUGCAGCAACGGGCCACUAAGAUGGGCCAGCAAGCUCUGCUGGCAGCAGGAACACCCACUAAGGUCCAGGAUGGGCUUCAAACCCUACAGGAGGAACGCGACCAAGUGUUCCAGGCCUGGGCACUCAAGCAAGAGAGGCUGCAGGCCAUGCUUCAAGAACAGCGCCUCCUCAGGCAAUGCGGCCACCUGGUGGAGGUUCUCACAGCCCAGGAGGCAUUCCUAAAAGCCAGUGGCCUGGGGAGCUCUGUGGAAGAGGUGGAGCAGUUGAUCCGAAAGCAUGUGAUCUUCCAGAAAGUGCUAGCUCUCCAGGACAAGAAGGAGUCAGCUCUGCGUGAGCAACUAAAGACGAUUUCAAGCCCUAAGGGGCAGAACUUGGUUUGCCACAUGUUGGAGCACCGGGCUCAAGUGAAGGAACUGGCAGAGAGCCGGGGCCAGGCUCUGCACACCUCCCUGAUGAUAGGCAACUUUGUCAGGGCGGCAACCCAGGCUGAGGACUGGAUCCAGGAGCGGGUCCAGCAGCUGAGAGCCUGGAGCCCUCUUGGGAAUCUAAAGGAUUAUCUGAAGCACCUGAGGAAACACCAGGCCUUCAGGGCUGAGGUCCAGGCUCAGGAGCAGAUCCUGACCUCUGUUGCCAAGCAAGGUGAAGGGCUCCUCAGUCAGAGCCACCCUCAAGCUGGAGAGGUCUCCCAGAGGCUGGAGGCCCUGCGGGACCUCUGGGAGAAGCUGAGGCAGGCGGUGACCCUGCAGGGCCAGGCCCUGGAGAACAGAUACAACUUCCUGGAGUUCCUGCAGAGAGUGGAUCUAGCAGAGACCUGGAUCCAGGAGAAGGAGAGGAUGGUGAACAGCUGUGACAUUGGCCUGAACCUUGAGCACUGCCUGCAGCUCUGCAGACAAGUCCGCAGGUUACAGGUAAGAGGCUCUGGAGUCACAGUGGAUGACGCCCACAUCAGGGGAAUCAAAAACUUGUCACUGCAGCUCAAGAACCAAGGCCCUGAGGAAUCCGAGACCAUCUGCCAGCGGCAAAACCAGCUCAACAAUAGGUGGAAGACUUUCCAUGGCAACCUGCUCCUCUAUCAGCAGCGGCUUGAAGCAGCCCUGGAGAUACAUAGAUUGUCCAGGGAACUGGAUGACGUUAUUGAGCGGAUCAGAGAGAAGGAAUCCCUGAUCUGGGCCUCAGAGGGCACUGAAAAUUUGGAGAAUGUACAGAGGCAAUCGUGGAGACAGAAAGUGCUGCAGCAGGAGAUGGGCCUCAUCCAGACCCAGGUGGAGUCUCUUGAAGGUAGGAUUGGCCAGCUCUGCAAGGAAAGUCCCGAGGUUGCCCACAGCCUCAGACAUAAGCAGCAAGAAAUGAUGGACAGCUGGUGGAAGGUCUGGAGCAAAGCCCAGAACAGGAGGGAGCUGCUGGAUGUGGGCCAUGAAGUUCAGAAACUCCAGACCCUGCUGCAGGAUCUGCAGGACUGGGCCCGGGGACUACAGGCUGAGAUGGCCACACAGGGCACCCCCUGCAGCCCUGUGAAAAUCCAGUACAUGUUGGAAGAGCACCAGGCAUACAAGGUUGAGCUGGACAUCCGAACAGAGAGCCUUAACCUGGUCCAAAGCAUGGGGCAGCGGCUGCUUGCAUCUGGCUACCCACAGGCCUCUGGGAUUCACCAGCCCCUGGCCGCUGUAGAGCAGGGGUUGAGUAGCUUGCGGGAAUCCUGGCAGGGGCGGCAACAGCAGCUACAGCAAGCCUUGGAGCAGCAGCUGUUUCUGGGCUCUGUGGAAAAGGUGGAACGCUGGCUUGACAGUGAAGAGGCCUCCCUGGCUAGUGAGGGAGUGGCGGACCCCUUGGUCACUGUGGAGACCCUUCUGUCAAAGCUCAAGAGGCGUGAGCAGGGCCUGAAGACACAGGCAAAAAAGAUCCGUGCAUUGGAGGUCACAGCCCACAGCCUGCACCAGGGUGGACACUCUGAGGCGUGUAGCAUCCUGGACAGAUGCCAGGCCCUGCUCCUGAGGACAGAGGCACUCACAGAGCAAGCAAGGGCCCGGGGACGCCGGCUGGAGGAGCUGCAGAAGCUUCGGACAUUUUUGCAGGAUUCCAAUGAGGUAACUGCAUGGCUGAGGGAGAAGAGCCUGGCGGCUCUGGAUGAGGGCCAGCAGGACCCAGCCACCAUGCAAACACAGUUGCAGAAGCAGCAGAAGUUCCAGGCUGAGCUGGAUGCCAGUGUUCACCAACAGCGGGAGCUCCAGAUGGAGGGGCAGAAGCUGCUACAAGGGGGCCACCCGGCCUCAGAGACCAUCAGGGGGCAACUGGAAGAAUUAGGAGGCCUCUGGGGUGAGCUGCAGACCAACUGCCAGAGGAAGAUGGCCAGAUUACAGGGGGCCCUCAAGGUCCUGCAUCUGCAGAGAGUGCUGAAGGAACUGGAGAAGUGGUUGGAGCUCAUGGAAGCAGAGCUGAGAGUCCCUGUCAGAAGCCAGGCGCUGCCUAGAGUGGGUGAACUCCUGGAGGCCCAGGAGGAGCUGGAAGCAGCCAUGGACAGGCAGGCCAAGGAAGUGCAAGAGUUGCAGGGCCAGUCCCAAGCCUGCCUCCAGGAAGGCUACUGCCUCGCCAAAGAUGUGGAAGAGCAAGCCCAGCAGCUGCUUCAGAGGUUUCAGGGCCUUCGGGAGCCCCUACAAGAGCGCAGGGCAUCCCUGGAAGCCCAAAGGCUCCUCUUACAGUUCUUCAGGGAUGCUGAUGAGGAAAUGGCCUGGGUGCAGGAGAAGCUGCCCUCUGCCACAGCCCAGGACUACGGCCAGAGCCUUAGCACUGUGCGCCACCUGCAGGAGAAACACCAGAAUUUAGAGAAUGAGAUCCAUAGCCACAAGGCUCUGAGCCAGGUGGUGACAGGUACAGGGCACAAGCUCAUACAGGCAGGGCACUUUGCCGCUCAAGAGGUGGCCGCCCGGGUGCAGCAGCUGGAGGUGGCUCUAAACCACUUAGAGACAGAGGCCGCACAGAGGAGGAAGAGACUGCAGCAGGCCCUGGAGGCCCAGCAGACUUUGGUGGAGCUCCUGGAAGCAGGAUCCUGGCUGGCUGAACGGGAUCAUAUUCUGGACAGUGAGGACCUGGGCCAGGACGCUGAGGCCACACAGGCUCUUCUGCGGUGCCUAGAGGCCACCACAAGAGACUUGGAGGGGUUCAGCAGUCGCAUUGAGCAGUUACAGGAAACAGUGGCCCUUCUGGAGAGUGGACAGACCCCAGGCAGUCCUAGGGUGCUGGCCCAGCUGCAGGCUGUGAGAGAGGCCCAUGCACGGCUGCUGCAGAGAGCAGAAAGCAGGGGGGAAGCGCUGCGUGAACAGCUGCACCUAUACCAGCUGGAGCAAGAGGCCUUGCUCCUGGAUGCCUGGCUGACCACCAAGCUGACCAUCGCUGAGUCUCAGGACUAUGGACAGGAUCUAGCAGGCAUCAAGGUGCUGGAAGACAUGGUUGGGGCUUUCAACAGAGAAGUCCAGAGCCUGGGCCAGGCCAAGAUGCAGACCCUGAGGGAGCGGAUGGCUUCCCUAGAAAGAGGAGCACCCAGGUUCUACCCCCAGAUUCAAGCUCAGAAGUGUCGCGUCCAGGCCACUUGGGAGAGGCUGAACAAGGCAAUCAAAGUCCGUACAGAGAACCUAGCAGCAGCCUGCGAUCUCCGGAGCUUUGAGCAGGCUGCCUCAGAGCUGCAGAGAUGGAUACAGGAGAAGACUAACCUGCUGGAGGAAGCAUUCCAAGUCCACAGCCUGCCACCUUCACAGCCCCUUCUGCAGCAGCAGCAGCAGCAUAGGCGCCUGCAGAGCGAACUGAGGGCUAUUGAAAAAGAGGUGUCAAGAGUGCAGAUGGAGGCCCAUCGGCUCGGCCAGCUCUACCCUGUGGCUCAGGGGAGUCUUAGUGAGUGGCUCACCAAGGUGCAGGGGGCCUGGACCAACCUGGAGGCCAAAGUCCAGGAAUGGAGCCAGAAGCUGUUGCAGGCUACCCAGGGCCACACCUUUCUUGGGAGCUGCCGGGAAUUGCUAGCGUGGGCUCAGGAGAUGCAGGAGCUCCUUUCGUCGGAGAAGCAGGCUGGGGAUGUGGUGGGGGCCAAGCAGUUCCUUGAGCAGCACGAGGCGCUGGAGCAAGAGAUUCAGGAACGCUGCCUUCAAGCCCAGACCAUACGGCACGAAGGGCAGCAGCUGCUGGACAACGGCCACUUCCUGUCCCCGGAGGUGGCAGAGUGUAUGCAGGAGCUGGAAAGACAUCUGCAGGAGCUUCAGGUAGCCUGGGCCCUGUGUGGACAACGCUCGGAGCAGACCCGGAGUCUGCAACAGCUGCGGCAGAGGCUGGAGCUGGCUGAGGCUUGGCUGGCCUCCUGGGAGCGCCUGCUGCUGGACCCCAGCUGUGGGCACUCGGUGUUGGAAGUGGAACGCCUGCUCUACAGACACGAGGGCUUAGAAAAGCUGCUGGUGGCCCACGAGGAGACAUUCAUUCAGCUUCAGACGAUAACAGAGGAGGCAAAGGAUGGUCAUAUCACGGAGGCAUCUGUGGAACAGCAGCCCCCCACAGAAGGGAGGCAGCCUAGUACCAGCUUCCCGACCAGCAGCCAUGGGAUCUUGGCAAGGGAAGCCUCGAGCCUGUUCUCAGAUAUGAGGAAGGCAGAAGUGCCAAGUGGCACUGGGGAACUGGCUAACGUGUCCCCCUUUGUACCUGAGGAGACUGAAUGUGAGAGGCUGGAGGACAGAAGGCAGACUUUCUUCCCAAGCCUAGAACCCAAGGCCAGGCUCCCAGCUGAGAGCACAGACACUGAAUUCGAGUGGGAUACUGGUGGAAUGGGUUUUUCUCUUUAUCCCAAGAUGCCAGGACUCAAGGCCCACUCUGUUGAGUGGGCUGGUCUAAACCUUGAGAUGAAUCCUCAGCUAACACCAAUCCUCGGGGCUACCAGUGGAGACACAUCUGGGGACCACUCGACUACUGACCCAGAGGUCCCCUCCCCAGGGCUGCUCAGAACCAGUGUGGAGAACACAGCUCCUGUCAGAGGACAAGCAACACUGAUGUCAUGA